AUGAAUUUACUGUGGCCCUACGGGCUGAGUAGCCCAUAUCUAUUUUCAUAUCUUCUCCUUUUCUUAGCCGUUGCGAUUCUAUCAGUGGUCGUCUACCGGCUCACCUUUCACCCCCUUGCCCGUUUCCCUGGGCCCGUGUUGGCGGCUUCUACUGGACUAUACGAAGCAUAUUACCAGUGCAUAAAGGAUGGCGGAGGGCGAUAUUGGGUCGAGAUCGAGAAGAUGCACCAGCGUUACGGUCCUAUUGUUCGUAUAAACCCGCAGGAAGUGCAUAUCGCGGACCCGGACUGGAACGCGGUAUAUAAAUACUCGUCGAAGGCAUCGAAGCCGCGGUGGUUCUACUUCCGGUUCUUCGGCAAGUUCCCGAGUACCAACGUAGCCGAGUCGCACGCGCUACAUCAGCUUCGCCGGGGCCCGUUACAGGUCUACUUUGCCUCGACAAACAUCCAGCAGUACAUGCCCACGAUCCUGGCACAAGUCGAUAAACUCUGCGCUCGCAUCCAUGCUGCCGAUGGUUGCGUGCUUAACUUGAGCGAUGCUUUCCGCUGUCUCGCCACCGAUGUCGCGACCGGCUUCGCGUUCGGGGCCCCCUUCGGACAUCUCAACGAACCAACUUUCGACCGCGAGUUCAACAUCGCCGUCAAGAUGGUCGUACGCACUAGCAUGUGGAGUCGGCAUACCUUCGGGUUGCUGCUGCCUAUGCUGCAUAGUCUCCCGGAGAGCAUCGCGAAGAAGAUGAAUCCGGCUUUCGGCCGGGUGAAGUGGAUGAGGGAUACUAUGACUAGUUGCGUCCGGCGCUCGAUGAACAAGCCCGAACCCGUGCUCGGCACCCCGUACGACAUGAUACAGACGCUGAUGUCCUCGAACCUGCCGCCCGAGGAAAAGACGUUCCCGCGGCUCUUCUCCGAGACCCGGUCUGUCAUCAUGGCUGGCACCGAGACGACCGCCACCACGCUCGUCUGCAUCACGGUCAAUCUUCUUAGCGACCCGGCAAAGCUCCAGAAAUUACGGGCCGAGUUGCGUGCUGCUGAAAAAGCGAAGGGGGACAUGCUUGAAUACUCGGACCUACGAGGACUGCCGUAUAUCACCGGCGUCGUCAAUGAAGGCCUUCGCAUGGCUAAUCCUACACCGAGCCGGCUGCCGAGGGUCUGUGAGGACCAGGACCUGAAGUACAAGGAGUGGAUUCUCCCCAGAGGCACAACCAUCUCGACAACAACCCAAGACACGCACAACGACCCUUUCGUAUUCGCACAGCCACACAAGUUUAUACCAGAGCGGUGGAUGGACCCGGAAGAACGACGACGACUAGGACGGUACCUACAGCCGUGGGGACGCGGUACACGGCUGUGCCUCGGCAUGGAGCUCGCAACUACUGAUUUGUAUCUAGCCGUGUCUCGACUAUUCGGGCCCCGCGCCGGUUUCGAAAUGCGCUUGCACGACACCGUCGACGACGAUUGGGUUGCGUACCACGAGUGGUUUGCUGCGUUCCCCAGGGGACGCGGGCUCAGGGUUAGAGUUAGCACGACGGGAGGCGAGGGAAAGGAAAAGAGCAGAUGA